CAUAUCAUCAACCAUGGGAUGACUCUAAGGGAAGCUGGCCAACAGGUUCAGCCUAAUUUGAGCCGCUACACUGUGGCAAGCAUCAUUAGGACAUUUCGAAAUGAGAAUCUAAUUGCUAGACGUCCAGAUGUUGGGGCCAGAGGGCAUGUUCACUCCAGAGCAAGAGACCCAUAUAGCGAACAUGGUAAUUGCCAAUAAUGCAAUAAGACUGCACGAAAUACAGCAGCGCAUAAUUGAUAAUGACACCAUCUUUCGAAAUAUACACAGUGCAAGCAUUUCUGCACUAAGUCGUGUACUUGCGCGCCACAGAAUAAGAAUGAAGCAAAUUUACAGAGUUCCUUUCAAGAGAAACACAGAACGUGUAAAGCAACUGCGAUAUGACUAUGUGCAGAGAGUGAUGGAACUAGAAGCAGAUGCCAUGGGACAUGAGCUACUUUUUGUAGAUGAGGCCGGUUUUAACCUCAGUAAAACCAGGAGACGUGGCAGGAACAUUAUUGGACACCGUGCCAUCAUCAAUGUCCCAGGACAACGUGGUGGUAACAUAACCAUGUGUGCAGCUAUAAGCCAAAAUGGUAUUGUUCACCAUCAUGCAACCAUAGGCCCAUACAACACUGCACACAUUAUUGCAUUCCUGGACACCUUACAUGACAUUCUCACUGUUCAGAGACCAGAGCAUACUCGAUAUGUCAUCAUAUGGGACAAUGUUAGUUUCCGCAACUGGUUUACAGACCACCCAUCCUUCAUAGCACUCAACCUCCCUCUAUACUCUCCAUUCUUAAAUCCCAUCAAAGAGUUCUUCUCUGCCUGGCACUGGAAAGUGUACGACCGUCAUCCUCAUCAACAGGUAGCCCUUUUACAGGCAAUGGAGGAGGCAUGUGAAGAUAUUGACCAGGCAUCAUGUCAGACCUGGAUACGGCAUUCAAGGAGAUAUUUUCCCCGGUGCCUUGGACUGGAGGAUAUCGCAUGCGAUGUGGAUGAAAUUUUGUGGCCGGACCCAGAAAGACGACAUGAUGUAGGCUGA